AAACUUACCCGGAUGUUACCGUUAGCAACGUCAUGUAAACAGGAAGUGUGAACGCAGACGCGGCGAUUUUAAUUUUGCUCAGCCGAAUAGCGACAUUAAAUAUUGUUAUAAACUCACAGUGUGCUGUUUCAGUAUAUUUAAAUGAACGUAUCCGUGAGCUGUUGGGUUGUUCCAGUAGUUUUGACUGCUGUUUGUGGAUAAGUUGGUAAUAAUUUGAUUUCCUUUAGCCCCCCAGCGACUGGUGGAAGCUACAUCUCGGCUAGGCUAGGCUACGUGAUUUUUGUCCUGAAGACUUUGGGAAUGUUUUCGCUGAUUUCAAUACAGUUUUCUGCACCGUUCGCGGAGUUUGGCAGGGGUUUGCCGUUAUUCCUCUUUGCUAACUUCAUAUUGAGCAGUUCGACAGAUUGAACUGGCUGGAUACUGUUACCAUGGGAGAUAAAGAGCUCAGCCUUAUUGACAAGCAGCUGACAAGUUUUAAAGAUGUCCCCCUGAGUCCUGCUGUUACAUCUCUUAAUCUCCACUGCAAUCACAUCCCGAGGAUCGAGGGCCUGUMCUCUGCCUGGCAUUUGCACCACUUAGACCUUUCUUCCAAUCGCAUAUCUAAGAUUGAGGGUCUGAGUUCCCUCACCUCCCUCAGGACUCUGAAUUUAUCAUCCAACUUAAUCACAAAGGUUGAAGUUUUCAAUGUCCCACCUUUCUCAGGAUUGAAUGGCCUUGUGAACUUGAAGAAAUUAAACUUGUCCUACAAUCAGAUAAAUAAUGUCACAGGUCUGCUGUAUCUUCAUGGCUCUGAGUACAAACUGAAGCACCUCAGUCUUCAUGCCAACCUCAUAGAGAGCAUCGAUCAUCUUCUUCAGUGCCUACUGGGGUUACAAGGCUUACGCAGCGUCACUUUAAACCAGGAUGGUGGAGACAACCCCAUCUGCAUUGCACCAGGAUACUGGGAAAUUGUCAUGGAGUCGUUGCCACAGAUUUCUGUCCUGGAUGGCCUGGACCGGCUCAGACAUCCUUCAUCUCCAGGAAUAAGCAGUGACAUCCCCGGCCUGGAUGACUACGUGGACUUUUUGCUUUCCUCCGAUACGAGCCACGGUGAAGCGGUUAGGGGUGCUGUCACCACGCCACGCAUUGACAAGGCGCUAACUCAGUUUCGGCAGCAGAUCGCCUCAGAAAAAACAACAGACGCAGCCACAGGUCCAGUCACCCAACCAGUCCAUCGGAACUCUCAGCCAGUUUGUCCCACUGUUACCGUUUCACCUGACCCCGUCAAUGAAGAGCGCAUCAGGAAGCUGGAGCACCAGGUAUCGCAGCUGAUCCAGCAGGCCCCUGCAGGUGAAAAAGCUAGUAUCUCUACUUGUGCUCAGACAAAGGUACGCAAAACCAAGAGGGACACAGACCAGACAUCAGAAAGCGAAUGUGACGGGAAAGAAAACAAAAAACACACAAGAAUUUCCAAAUUCCAUAACACGACGACGACAAGCACGACCACCCAGGAGUCCAAGAGCACCAGAACAGACAGCGAUCAGGAGAAUCGUCAACUGAACAUGUCAAAGUCUGCUUUGGGGCCCAGAAGAAAGGCUGCUGGAGCCAGAGCCGCACCGUCCAUUUCUCAAACCUGGAAGCGACCUCUGAGAGCAGCUAAGACCUCCGGCGGUGUAACAGUCAAGUCCUCUCAGGAAGAAGAAACCUACAGGAUAAUCGUGGAGGAGCGGGAUCAGGAAAUGGAGAGGCGUUGGAAGGCAGAACAAGCUGUGAGGAAGCUGACAGAGGAGCUGAAGUGCCUGCAAACAAAAGUCAGCGAGGAAAAAGACCUUCAGAGUAUGGCUCUGCACACCACAGACAGACUGAAGGAACUGCUGCUGAAAGAGAGAUCGGGACGCUCCGAGCUGCAGGCUCGUGUCGAGGAGCUGGAGACAAGGUGUCAGUCUCUUAGUCGGCAGCUGGAGCAGGCCCGGAGCAGUGAGGAACAACACAGGGCUGCGCUGCAAAGACUGGAGGAAACCGUCUCCCAUGGAGACGCUCUCAGGGCUCGCCAGCAGGCUGAGGAGAUGAAACGUCACCAGGAGCUGGAGAACAAGGCAGCAGCUCUGAAGAGGGAGCUGGACAUCCAGAGAGUUUCUGUCCGACAACACAAAGACAAACUGCAGCAGCUGCAUGAACUGCUAGCAUCCAGGGAGCAGGAGCACAGAAAACAGCUGGAGCUGCGGCUGCAGCCCGGCGGGGCAGAUUUCCAGCAGGCAGUAUCAAAGGAAGUAGCAGCAGUGGAACAAAGACGUCAGCAGAGGGAGGCGGAGCUGCAGGAGAAGCUGGCAGAGGGCAGGAAGCUGUACGCUGCUCUGGAGGACGAGUUCCGUAUGGCGCUAACCAUCGAGGCAACGCGUUUCUCCGAGGUGAAGGAGGCUUGUGAUCAUAUGACUGCAGAGCUGAUGGAGCUCAAGACGAGCCUUGCUCAGUCCCAGCAAAAGGAGAAGAAAUCAGGCGCUCUGGUGCAGGAACUCACCGCAAUGGUGAAAGAACAGAAGACCCGAAUCUCUGAGCUCAUCAAAGCCAAGAAAGAUUCUGUCGCUGAGCUCAAGAACCGUGUGCACUACCUGGAAGCAGAGGGAGAGCAAAGCCAACGAUUAGGGCUGCAGCUCGAGACGCUGAAGAAAGAAAAGGCACGGCUCUUGUCUCAGCUCACAGCUCAGGAGUCGGUCAUUGACGGUCUGCGAGCUGAGAGGAGGAUUUGGGGCCAGGAGCUGGCUCAGCAGGGUGCGUCGUUGGCUCAGGAUCGUGGACGUUUGGAGGCCAGGAUAGAGGUGCUGACUGCUGAGAUGGAGACUCAGAGAAAACAGAACGACAGAGACCACGACGCCCUUAGAAUCAAAGCCAAAAUCGUGGAUGACCAGACUGAGACCAUUCGCAAACUGAAAGAGUCCUUGCAGGAGCGUGACGAGCUGAUCCGCCGGUUGAAGGAGGAGGCUGUGCAGACCCAAAAAAAGUUUCAGCAGCAGCUGGAGGAUGAAACAAGCCAGCAGGCUGAGCUGAAAGAGCAGCUGGUACAUCUUAGCCUGCGUAAAGAGGAGCUGAAACAGCAGCUGGAAGACAAGGAAGCAGAGCUGGAGGAUGCCAAAAGAAUUUACAGUGAUUCAAACAAGAAGUGGCAGGAGAAAGCAGAGCUGCUAACUCGCCUUGAAAGCCAAGUGAAGCGUAUGAAGGAAAAUUUUGAUUCCAAGGAGCGCCUGCUGCUGGAAGAAAGAGAGAAAGCAUCAGAGGCGCACAGAGCUGCAGUGGACAAGUUGCGCUGUGUGGAUGAUGCUUUUCGUCGGCAGCUGGAGUCUGUCCAGGCCGCACAUCAAGCCGAGCUGCUGCAGCUGUCUAAUGAAAAGCAAAAACACAUAGAACAAGCUAAUCUAAAGGUAUAUGAAGUAGAGGAAGAGAUGCGUCAGCUCCUGGAGGAGACAGAGGCCAGCAAGAAAGUCAUGGAGGAAAAAAUGAAGCGCCUUACAAAUGUUCUAAAAGACUUUAACACAUAAUAACCACCAAACAGUUUUUAUGCUGAAUUUAUUUUUACAGAUGCAACUAUAUUUUUUUGUAUAUAUAUUCAUAUAUA